AUGUCUACAGACAUUUCCACUGAUCAAGAUUUAAUUUAUUCCUACAGAAUUCACCCAGAGGCCCAAAGGAUUCUGGGUAACUCCUGCAUACCCGUAGUGACCCUGGAGCGUCUGAAUUUCUGGUCUGUAUCAUCUCUGCAGCCUGUGGUUUGUCUGGUACGACUGCCAAUGCAAACACAAGCCGAGCUCCAUGGCGAUACCGUCUGUUUGGAUCAGCCUCAACAAAAUGGAUUCAGUCAACAUGAGGCAAACAGUUUGGAGGUAAGAGAAGCGUCGCCUCAGUUUGGUCUCAGCCAACCAGAAACAGCCCCGACCUCCUGGACUGAACCGAUCUGUCCAGACAGCUCGCCCUCUGAAAAACCAGAGCAGGACUCAGGCUUCGACUGUGACUCUAAUCCAGAUCAGCCAUACAUCCUGUUGGAUUCUGAAUCUGAAGAAUGGGACCCGGAUGGGAAAACUGAGACAUUUUAUUUGGAUCCAGAUCGAGAGCAGACGGUGGUGGUCGAGCUGGUUCCCGAACUGGAAUCAGAUCGAGCAGAUCGACCCCUGGAGCUGGAAGAUGAAAUCAAAUGUGAAGAAGUUCAAAUGAACAAGAUUGAAGAUACAAGACCUGAUCUUCGCAGCUCACGAGAUGAGGAGGAGGACUGGUCCGUGCAGAAGCCUGGACCUGUAUCAGGGACUGAGGAGAUGGAGAGUGAAGAUUUCUGUGCUGUUUGUCUGAAUGGAGGAGAUCUGCUCUGCUGUGACCGCUGCCCUAAAGUUUACCAUUUGGCUUGUCAUAUACCUCCACUCAUCAGCUUUCCACUAGGUGACUGGGUGUGCACACUGUGCAGAACUGACCGAGAGCCUGUGGAGACAUACGCCUGUGAGAGCAAGUACUCCUGUGGGGAAGUCAAAGCUCCGUACACACUGUCCAACCAGGACCAGAGGAGGUGUGAAAAGCUGACUCUGCUGUUGUACUGUCACACGCUCAGUGCUCCGUUCCAUGAACCCGUCAGCGUCCUGGCCCGAAACUACUACCAGAUCAUCAAGAGGCCCAUUGACCUGUCAAUGAUCCGCAGGAAACUGGAUAAGAGCAACACUCUUCACUACUUCACCGCUGAGCAGUUUGUCGAUGACGUGCUGCUCAUGUUGAAGAACUGCGCUACGUUCAAUUACCCAGACUCAGAGGUGGCCCAGGCCGGUCGAAGCCUGGAGGUGUUUUUCUUGAGCAAACUGAAGGAGGCUUUUCCCGACCAGGUGUUCCCGUCAGCCAGCCAGGACCGAACGGACAGAGCUCGCCUCUCCUGGCUCAGCAGGAAGAGGAAGGAGAACUACAGGAAGAGGAGAUACGUGUUCAGUGGGAAGAAAUAUUACCUGUAAAUAACAUGCAGAGAUGUUUGUUGUUGCCUCAAUGCAUUUUAAUUGAUGGAGAACAUGUUGAGGUGAAGUUUAUUUUGAAAACAAUGACGCUCAUUUUACACUUUUACUUUUUGUAUGAAGGAAAGAAAGG